AUGAUCCAACAACAUCAACAGCUGUCACUUCACAAUCCACAACUCUCACUUCAACAACAAUGCCUACAUCUUCAGAAACAACUACACCCGUAACAGCUUCAGUAAUUACAGCCUCCUCAACUACUGAAAUUCCCACAACCACAGUUGUGAGUACAGAAACAACAUCUAUUACUUCAACAGUGGUGCCUACAAAUUCAGAGAGUACAACAGCAGAAACCACGACUACAGCUUCAUCAACAACACCUACAACAACAAACGACCCAACAACAUCAACAGCUGUAACUUCAGAAUCCACAACUCUCACUUCAACAACAAUGCCGACAACUACAGAAACAACUGCACCCGUAACAACUUCAGUAACUACAGCAUCCUCAACUACUGAAAUUCCCACAACCAAAGUUUUGAGUACAGAAACCACAUCAAUUAGUUCAACAGUAGUGCCUACAACUUCAGAGAGUAAAACAGCAGAAAUCACAACUACAGCUUCAUCAACCACACCUACAACAACAAACGAACCAACAACAUCAACAGCUGUAACUUCAGAAUCCACAACUCUCACUUCAACAACAAUGCCGACAACUACAGAAACAACUGCACCCGUAACAACUUCAGUAUCUACAGCAUCCUCAACUACUGAAAUUCCCACAACCACAGUUGUGAGUACAGAAACAACAUCUAUUACUUCAACAGUGGUGCCUACAACUUCAGAAAGUACAACAGCAGAAACCACGACUACAGCUUCAUCAACCGCACCUACAACAACAAACGAUCCAACAACAUCAACAGCUGUAACUUCAGAAUCCUCAACUCUCACUUCAACAGCAAUGCCUACAUCUACAGUAACAACUGCACCUUUAACAACAUCAGUAACUACAGAAUCCUCAACUACUGAAAUUCCCACUACCACAGUUGUGAGGACAGAAACCACACCAAUUACUUCAACAGUGGUGCCUACAACUUCAAAAAGUACAACAGCAGAAACCACGACUACAGCUUUAUCAACCACACCUACAACAACAAACGAUCCAACAAUAUCAACAGCCGUAACUUCAGAAUCCACAACUCUCACUUCAACAGUUAUACCUAUACCUUUAGAAACAGCUGCACCUGUAAAAUCAGUAACUACAGCAUCCUCAACUACUGAAAUUCCCACAACCACAGUUGUGAGUACAGAAACCACACAAAUUACUUCAACAGUGGUGCCUAUAACUUCAGAAAGUACAACAGCAGAAACCACGACUACAGCUUCAUUAACCACACCUACAGCAACAAAGGAUCCAACAACUUCAACAGCUGCAACUUCAGAAUCCACAACUCUCACUUCAACAACAAUACCUACAUCUACAGAAACAACUGCACCUGUAACAAAAUCAAUAACUACUGCAUCCUCAACUACUGAAAUUCCCACAACCACAGCUGUGAGUACAGAAACUACACAUAUUACUUCAACAGUGGUGCCUACAACUUCAGAGAGUACAACAGCGGAAACCAAGACUAGAGCUUCAUCAACCACAUCUACAACAACAAACUAUCCAACAACGCCAAUAGUUGUAACUUCAGAAUCCACAACUCUCACUUCAACAACAAUACCAACAUCUUCAGAAACAACUGCACCUUUAACAACAUCAGUAACUAAAGCAUCCUCAACUACUGAAAUUCCCACAACCACAAUUGUGAGUACAGAAACUACAGUUUCCUCAGCUACAGCUGUUCCUUCCACUGUUACAUCAACUUUAAUGUCAUCUGAAGUUCCGAGUACAACAACAUCUCAAACGACAUUGCCACUUGAAAUCACAUCUACUGGAGCUCUCACAUCCACUGUUGUGACUUCAGAAGCAACAACUUCUAUGUCUACAACAAUGCCUACAACAUCAGAAAGUACAACUACACCUGCAGCUUCCACAACCACAGUGGGGCCUUCCACCUCUGUGACUACAUCUUCCGAAACUACAACUGCAUCCUCGACAUCUGCGGCUUCCUCAACUAUGCCUUCUACUACUUCAUCAUCUCCAACCUCAUCUAAAUCUCCAGGUAUAACAACAAAUGAUCCAACAACAUCAACAGCUGUAACUUCAACAACAAUGGCUACAUCUUCAAAAACAUCUGCACCUGUAACGACAUCAGUAACUACAGCUUCCUCAACUACAACUGUAGCUUCAACAAUGACAACAGCAGCUUCUACAACCACAAAUCAACCUUCCACUAUGACAUCAGCUCCAACUUCAUCUGAUGCUCCAAGUUCAACAACAGCUCAAAUCACAAUGUCUAGUGCAGCUGCAACUACUGAAGUUGUGAGUCCAGAUACCACAACUGUUGCAUCAAAAACAAUUUCUACAAAUUCAGAAACGGCAAGUUCUCUUACAACAACCACAUCUACAGCUUUCGUCACCACAACUACAAUUACAGCAGAUAUCUCAGCUCCAGCUCCAAGCACAACAACAGCCACCAUUCCAAGUUCAACUGCAGCUCAAUCAACAACUGCAUUUCAAGUAACAACAGGAGGCCUUUUAAGAACAACUGUAGCUUUUACCAGCACAUCUUCUGCUCCAGCCACACUUGCACUUUCAACCAAAACAACUUCAAGCCCAAACAUAGAUUCAGAAACUACAACUGCAUCAACAACUACAACUGGAAUUAUUACAGGUCUCACCAGUGCAGCAGAAUUUCCAAUAGCUCCAAUAACAUCAGUUCCAAACACAAAUACGUCAACAUCCCCAGCAUCUACAACAGUCUUUCCAGGAACAACAACCAGUGUCUCUAUAACUGCUCCAAAUCUCAUAUCUGGUUCAGCAGUGGUCACAAGCAAGCUGGUGUUCAACUCCUCAUCUCCAGUCCCCAGUGAAUCUCUGGUCCUCAGUGCUAUCAAAACUCUCCGUAAUUCCAGAGAGUCACAGCUCAAGGAAUCAGUGAAGGUGGUGAAUGUCACCUAUGAGAAGAUCUCAGAAACCUCUUAUGCUGUGGUCUUUACAUUUAACGUGAUUAACAUCAGUAUUCCAGAGGACCCUGCAUCUAGAGGCAACACCAACCAGCAAGUGCAGGAUACCAUCAAUAAUGCGCUGAACACUCUUCUGAAUGAACCUGGUAGUCCAAAUUUACAACCCAAGUCCUCUAACUUCACGGGCACUUCAAUCCAGAUUAAUGGCAGGAUGGAAUACAGCUUCCAGGAUGGAGAUGUCAUACAACCAGUCAGCUUCCUCAAUGAGCUACGUCUACCAACCACUACAACAGUCUUUCCAGGAACAACAACCAGUGUCUCUAUUACUGCUCCAAAUCUCAUAUCUGGUUCAGCAGUGGUCACAAGCAAGCUGGUGUUCAACUCCUCAUCUCCAGUCCCCAGUGAAUCUCUGGUCCUCAGUGCUAUCAAAACUCUCCGUAAUUCCAGAGAGUCGCAGCUCAAUGAAUCGGUGUAGGUGGUGAAUGUCACCUAUGAGAAGAUCUCAGAAACCUCCUAUGCUUUGGUCUUUACAUUCAACGUGAUUAACAUCAGCAUGCCAGAGGACCCUGAGUCUAGAGGCAACA